AUGUCCUUUGCCGAUAGAGAACAACCAAAAACCAUCUGUCUUUUCGACGUCGAUGGAACCCUUACCCCAGCAAGAUUGACUGUCUCGCCAGAGAUGAAGCAAGUGUUGAAGGACUUGCGUAAGAAGUGCGCCAUUGGGUUCGUCGGCGGUUCAGACUUCGCCAAGCAGUUGGAGCAGUUGGGUCCAGAUGUGUUGCAGGACUUCGACUACUGUUUCUCGGAAAACGGGUUGACGGCCUUCAAGUUUGGCAAGCCUCUGCCAGCACAGUCGUUUAUCAACUGGAUUGGCGAAGAGAAGUACAGCGAGUUGUCGAGAUUCAUUCUCAGAUACUUGGCCGACUUGGACCUUCCUUUCAGAAGGGGUACCUUCAUAGAGUUCAGAAAGGGGAUGAUCAACGUCUCGCCCGUCGGUAGAAACUGUACCACGGAGGAGAGAAACGAGUACGAGAAGUACGACGUGCCAAACAAGGUCAGAGUUAACAUGGUCAACGCGCUCAAGGAGAAGUUCAGCGACUUGGAGUUGACGUACUCCAUCGGUGGCCAGAUCUCUUUCGACGUUUUCCCAACCGGCUGGGACAAGACCUACUGCUUGAGACACUUGGAGGACGAGAAGUUCGACAAGAUAUAUUUCUUCGGUGACAAGGCCUACCAGGGAGGCAACGACUGGGAGAUCUACUCUGACGACAGAACCAUCGGCCACGCCGUGACCUCUCCGGAAGACACCAUCAAGCAGUUGAAGGAGAUUUUCGAGUUAUAA